GUGGGGUUACGGAAAGGGUGGUGCUAGAAGUUUUAAAAAUUAUUUCUACAGUUAAAGGUCACUUAACUCAGCCACGGUCUCUUGCUAAAGGAACCAGUUGCCAAUUCUGCUCCCGUGUAAGAAAACAAGAUUUUCCCAAUGGACUCUCUAGCAAAAUCUGUCAACCAAUUUGCUCUGGAGCUUAGCAAGAAGCUAGCUGAAUCUGCUGAGGGUAAAAAUAUCUUUUUUUCUCCCUGGGGCAUCUCAACCUCCUUGGCCAUGGUGUAUUUGGGCACCAAAGGCACCACGGCAGCCCAAAUGUCCCAGGUUCUUCAGUUUAGCAGAGACCAGGACAGCAAAUCUUGUCCUGACAGUUUUGAAAAGAAAAGGAAAAUGGAAUUCGAUGUAGGCAAGGCUGAAGAAAUAUGUUCUAAUUUCCAGACACUUAUCUCAGAAAUCAACAAUCCCAGCAAUGCUUGCAUACUUAAAACAGCCAACAGGAUCUAUGGGGAGAAAACGUACCCAUUUCACAAUAAAUAUUUACAAGACAUGAAAACAUACUUUGGCUCAGAGCCACAGUCUGUGAACUUUAUGGAAGCUUCUGACCAAAUCAGAAAGGAGAUCAACUCUUGGGUUGAAAGCCAGACUGAAGGAAAAAUCCUGAAUCUCCUACCUGAUAAUGCUGUGGAUUCUGCAACCAGAAUGGUUCUGGUAAAUGCCCUUUACUUUAAAAGAAUUUGGGAACAUCAAUUCUUGGUCGAAAAUACCACAGAAAAGCCUUUCAGAAUAAACAAGACUACAAGCAAACCAGUUCAAAUGAUGUCCAUGAAAGAAAAACUUCAAGUAUUUUACAUAGAAAAGCCACAAGCCAUAGGCCUUCAACUCUUCUAUGAGAACCGUGACCUCAGCCUACUCGUACUACUGCCGGAAGACAUCAGUGGGCUGGAUCAGCUGGAAAAAGCCAUCACCUAUGAGAAGUUGAGUGAGUGGACUAGCGCUGACAUGAUGGAGGUGUGUGACGUGCAGCUGCAUCUUCCCAAGUUCAAGCUGGAAGAGACUUAUGAUCUCAAGUCAACCCUGAGCAGUAUGGGGAUGAGCGAUGCCUUUAGCCAGAGCAAAGCAGAUUUCUCAGGAAUGUCUAUGGAGAGAAACCUAUUUCUGUCCAAUGUUUUCCAUAAGUCUUUUGUGGAAAUAAAUGAACAAGGUACAGAGGCCGCAGCUGGUACUGGGAGUGAGGUGAGUUUUCGAAUUAAACUCCCCUCCGUUGAAUUCAAUGCAGACCACCCAUUCCUCUUCUUCAUCAGGCACAACAAAACCAAUAGCAUUCUAUUUUACGGGAGAUUCUGCUCCCCUUAAACCCUGCAUCUCUCUCAUCAAACAAGAGCAUCUUACAGUGUGAAAAAUACACAUAUGAUGGAAAAACACAAUUAUAAUAAAAACCAGUUUAUAGCCUCUUUUUAACAUAUAAAUAUUAGCAAAAUUAUCUUGAAAUAAUAUAUUCUAGUUAUCCUAUCAUGCCUAUAUAGCUAGAGAGAAUGGCAAAUUUAACUUUUUUAACUUUUUUUUUUUGCUGACAUUCAGUUGUAUUAUUUUUUACAUCUUUAUUGGAGUAUUAAUGCUUUACAGUGUUGUGUUAGUU